AUGUACGCUGAUAGCGGCGAAGACGAAAACUCUACAACGGUCUUGGCGUGGCUGAGGUCUGAAACACGGCGUUACCAUCAGUUCGUCGGAUUUCGAGUUGGAGAGAUUUUAACUACGACCACCAUCGGCGAGUGGAGGAAGGUUCAGUCAAAACUGAAUGUUGCUGAUCAGGCAACGAAGUGGAAGGACGGACCAAGUUUCAACCCAGAAGAUUGGUGGUACUCCGGCCCAAGUUUUCUAUCCGACACGACGGAAAAAUGGACUGAACAUACAUCGGAGGAUUUCGUAACAACGGAAGACAUGGGAUCAGCGUUCUUGCACCAUCGAAAGCUGCAUCCACCGUUCAUCGUAGCUGUCGAGAGGUUUUCCAAAUGGACAAGAUUAGUACGAGCUACAGCCUACGUUAUCAGAGCGGUCAAACGGUUCCUUAGCCUGAAGGUGAACGGACCGUUGGUGCAGGAAGAACUGCAGAGUGCGGAAACACUGCUGUGGAGGCAAGUGCAAAGGGAAGCAUACUCGGAGGAAUACUCUACGCUUCUGUACAACAAAGAACACCCUCGUGAAGAACCUCGGAAGUUGGAGAGAUCGAGCGCCCUGUUCAACAUGUCACCGAUGCUGGACAGCAAUGGAGUGCUGCGGAUGAACAGUCGCAUAACUGCAGCCCCUGUUGUAUCCACGGACCUGAAAUACCCUAUCUUUCUCCCGAAGGAACAUCGGGUAACGGAACUGCUUGUGGAAAGCUACCACAUUCGUUUCCUACACGGAAACAAGGAGACGGUAUUUAAUGAAUUGCGGCAACGUUUCCAGAUACCAAAACUCCGUUCGGUUGUAUCGAAGGUAGCCAAACAAUGUCAGUAUUGCCGUGUGCGGAAGGCGACUCCCCAAGAGCCAAUGAUGGCACCAUUACCCGAAAUUCGGCUAACAUCGUUCAUCCGACCGUUCACUCAUACCGGAGUGGACUAUUUUGGGCCUGUUUUCGUGAAGCAAGGACGUAGCACGGUAAAACGAUGGAUCGCUCUUUUCACGUGCCUGUCCAUCAGGGCCGUGCACCUCGAGGUGGUCCACAGCUUAUCGACGCAGUCGUGUGUCAUGGCCAUCCGUCGAUUCGUUGCGCGCAGAGGGUCUCCCGCAACUUUCUGUUCCGACAACGGAACCAAUUUUGUGGGCGCGAACAACCUGCUUCGGGAACAACUUCGUGCGAUCGGAGAGUGCUGUGCAACAACCUUUACGAACUCUGACACACGAUGGCUUUUCAACCCCCCACUCGCCCCCCACAUGGGAGGAUCAUGGGAGCGUUUGGUGUGGUCAGUGAAGGCGGCAAUGUCGGCAAUUGCAGAUCAUCCUCGCCACCCCAGUGACGAAGUCCUGGAGACAAUAGCUCUGGAGGCAGAGUCCUUCGUGAAUUCCAGACCACUGACCUACGUCCCGCUGGAUCAUGUGAACCAGGGAGCACUGUCGCCCAAUCAUUUCCUGCUAUACGGAACGCAAGGCAUCAAUCAACCAAGUCGGGAUAUUGAGAAGGAGCAGGCACUACUAAGAGACAGCUGGAAGUUGUCGAAGUAUCUCGUCGAUACUUUCUGGACUCGCUGGGUCCGCGAAUAUCUUCCCACGUUGACACGACGUACCAAGUGGUUCCAGCCAGUGAGGCCACUGAAACCAGGGGAUCUGGUUGUCGUGGUAGAAGAAGGAAAGCGGAACGGAUGGGUUCGUGGAAGAGUGGUAGAAGUUCUAUCAGGGAAGGAUGGCCAGGUGCGCAGAGCAGUUGUGCAAACAGCACGAGGACUGGUCAACCGGCCAGCAACGAAGUUGGCGUUACUGGAGGUAAAAAGGGUGCCGAAAGACGAGCCAGAAGUACCGGAGUCUGGCGUACCGGAACUACACGGGCGGGGGGAUGUUGGCGAACCACUGUGCAGUUUUUCGAACUCGAAGGAAGAUUCCGAGUACACCGAACUGCCCGGGGACAACAACGCAGACUACGACCCGGGCACCAGUCAUCUACCAACCACACCCGAUCCGGUAACGUCCGAUCCGGAACUAAUACGCGUCUAA